AUGGCGGAGGCGGAGCAGCGAGGGCCACGGAGCCCGGCCCGAGAGGAGAAGGAGGGGGAGAAGCCUCGCCGAGCGAGCGAGCGGCCGUCCGGAGGCCGCGCGGACGCUCCGCUCCUGGGCUGGCCGGGAAAAGGGGCGGAGGGAAGUGGCCGUGACGGGUUGGGAAGACUGCGGGCCCUCCUUUCAAGCAAGAACGCCAAUGCUGCUCCAGUGGAAGAGGAAAGCGUAAGUGCCCCCGAGAGAGAUCCUGAGGUUUCCUUGGAGACCUGUCCCAAGGGCAGGCAACGCACGGCCUACCACAGGACGCAAGCUAUGGGCCCUGAAUCCAAGGAUCAGAAGAGAGGACCUUCCAAAUGCUGGAGGUUUCGCCUUUGCAGAGCAGACAGGGGUGUUUCAGUAGGGGAUGGGGGGAAUAUAAGACCACCCUGGGACUGCUGUGGGAACUGCAAGACCAACCCCCAAAGCUUUAAACCGCUACAGGAGAAGCAGGACCCAGAAACGGAGAGGAAGCAACACAAUGUCGAUAGGCUCGAUGUCCGUGUCGGGACAACCCACAACUCGCUGGUACUUGUGAGCACCACCCCAGAGACCACAAGUACAAUUGAGGAUACUGUAGUACUUUCAUCAUUCAGUACCUUGGACACUACAAUCCAGUCGAUGCCCUCAUUCUACUCAGAGCAGAGGAACUUAUCAGAUCUUGACAUCAUCGUUAAUAUGAUGGAAGCAACUAAUUGUGAAGAACAGAGUUCCACGGACAACAAUGAGGAGAACAUUACCUUCCUCCGUGCCGUCUCUUCUAGCUGCAUGGCUGCACAGAAAAGUGGCAAGGACACCUUGGAUCUCCCAUACACGAAGAAUGAGUUGGUGGAAGCUCUUCUGGUGGUGAUGGAGACGCUGCCUGUUCACUCUGUGCCAUCGUUCCUCCUGUCCUGCUCAAUGCUCACGGUCUACAACCUCAGCAAAAUGAAGCCCCCAUUUGAUCCUGAGCAAUUGUCUGGUAUCUUGCGGCUGGCUCUCCAUGGCAUUUUUAACAUGGAAACAGAUUUGGAAAAUCCUCACAGCCAGGCUCUCUACCAAUCAUCUGCAGACACAAUGGAGAUCAUGCUGAAGGGUUUGCUGUCUGAGGUUCCAACUACAAGCCACCUGCUGUUUAUGCUGGAGCACAUCAACUUCUGGAUUCAUUCCAACGAUCCCCAAGAGAGGUCCAGGUCUGUCCUCUGCAGCACCACUGUGUUGCAAUAUGCUCUUCUGCUACCAGAUUUCGACGCGUCCAGUGAGCUUCCUGCCUUGGGACACCACGUGGCACAGUUUGGAAUCUGUAUCACAGAUACGUUGGAAGAGGUGAGCAACCAGGCCAGGUUGACCAUCAGCUGCCUUUAUGAGCUGCUGCUCCAUCAGAUGGGGCUGAGUGUGAGUGAGGCUGAAGAACUGUGGUGCCACAGUUACGAAGACCAGAAAAUGCUGGCUUACAUGGAUUCCUGCAGGGUGGGUGAGCUGUUCAGAGACAUCUUCACAGAAGAUCAGAAGAGAACCUUUCUGGAGACAUCUUUGCGGGCCAUUUAUAAUCCUGAGCUAAGGAUACAAGAGGCUGGGAUCCUCCUAGUGUUUUCCCACCUGGGGAAGGCCAAUGAGAUAAUGGGGGAUAAGGCAGAAGACAUAGCAGAGAAGAUCUACCAGCAGAUCCACAAGCUUCAGAUACUCAGAGAGGUGCCAGAAGCAUUGCAAGGCUUCCUUCCAAGUAGAGAAUGCUACAUUAACACCUCAAAAUGCAACACUGAAGCAAGUGGGGGCUAUUCUGGCAACAGAGUGACAUUGGAACACUGGUACACUCUUCGCUCAUUGAUCCACCACGAUCGGUCAAAUCCUGCGAAAUCACCAUAA